ACGAUGGUGAGUCAUCUUCAUCGGAGUUGAUCAGCCGCUCCGAAGCCAGCAAACUUUUGAAAAUAACACGCCUCGGUUUCGAAACGUGAAAGCGACCAACCGACUCCACCGAACUUUCUCCUCUUUUUUCCUUUAUCUUCUAAAAUAUCAAAGGCGAUCAUCGCUUUAUCAAAUGAUUCUACUAUCAGAUUCUGCGGCAUCUCCUUUCCCUUAAAAAUCAAUUCCAACCCAAUCCAGUCACACCUACAUCUUUUCCCUUCCUGUUCUUGUACCGAUACUGAAAUUGCCGGUUGUUGCAGUGAAAUAGACAAUGGGGGCUGAUGGUCUAGGAACUGUGUUUACACCAUCAUUGGAAGGAAUGAAGCUCGUCAAAUCUGAUCACGGAGAAAUGCUCACUAAACCUUUCUUGGAUGUCUGCAAAUUGAUUUUGCCUGUUAUCGAUAAGUUUGGAGCUGCCAUGACCCUUCUAAAAUCUGAUAUCGGUACGAGAUUGGAAAACAAGUAUUUGUCUGAUCCGUCUAAAUACAACCACUUAUACACUAUGAUUCAAGAGGAGGUUGAUGCUAAAACAGCCAAAGGAUCUUCCAGUUGUACCAAUUGUCUUCUUUGGUUAACCAGAGCAAUGGAUUUCCUUGUGCAACUGUUCCUGAAUUUACUUGCACACCCAGAUUGGACAAUGUCACAAGCCUGUACAGAUUCAUAUGGCAAGACACUGAAGAAAUUUCAUGGCUGGGUUGCUAGUUCAUAUUCUACUGUUGUCAUAAAGCUUGUUCCAGACAGGAAGAAGUUCAUGGAAGUAAUUUCUGGCCCAGGCAAUGUUGCUGCUGACAUGGAGCAAUUCUGUUCAACCUUUCCUCCAUUUCUUGAAGAGAAUCACAAGUUCCUGGCUAGUGUUGGUCUGGAUAAUAUGAAAGCUUUAUAAUUGAGGAGAUCCUUCUGAUGACUGGCAGUGGCUUUGGUUACCUUUUCUCCCGUUGAUUUAGCUUCAAAAACUUUAGACGCUAGAGCUACUUCAAAUUAUACAGCUAUUUACUCUUCCAUUCAACUCUUCUGUUCAACAUGUGUUAUGAUAACUUCAAUUUUUUUAUUUAGUCUU